UUUCCCAUGAGUCCGUGCGAGGGUGAAGCUGCGUAUCCAUGACAGCCGGGUUAUUGUUGUUGGUGGUGCUAACCGUUAGCAAAGGAACGGGGACGGUAGCUAGCUACAUCUCACACUCAUUACGUGAAUGUAAGGCGACAUGACAUUUACGGAGCACAGGAGAUGCUAAUGCAGAGGAGCGACAUUUACCAGGAGUCGCGUUCGUGCCUUGUUGGACGUUUUAUCUGUUAAACGUUAGCUCGCGUAUUUGUAAAACGUAACUUCCUGCUCACAUUAGCUGCAGCAGCGUUAGCAUUAGCAUCAGUAGCCCGAGCCCCCGUCCAGCUUUCCCCCUGCAGCGAGAUGUCUACCCGCCCUGCGAAGUGUUCCCUGGAAGCGGAGGCGACGCGGAGAGACGAGGGCGUGAGAGUUUGAACCAGAGACGACGGAGGGAGGAUGAUUUCCCGAUACAACAGAAGACCCGUGUCGCACAAACUCGAGAUUCGUGGGUUGUCUCGAAGCAGCCUCGACCACCACCCUCUCCCAGAGGAAGCAGACGACAACCAAACCCCUCCGCGCUACCUCCAUGACCUCCAGGAAGCAGUUUCCACUCACAACAGCUCAGGGACGUCUGCUGCCUCAGGCCACUCUGACUGUCCCACCGUCCUCUCCGUAGACUCAAACCAGUCCUGGUCGGGUUUCCACAGCUCCACAGGCACUGGUGUUUCCACAGAAAGGAGCUCUGUCUUCUCCUGGGGCUACGAUGAGUUCGACAAGGCGGCGUCACGACAAGUGCUGCAAAUGUUUGAGGAGAUCGACAAAGAGCUGUAUGAGGGGAGAGGCAGUGGCGGCGGGAUACUCCAGGGGCUGCAGGAUGAAUGCCAGCAGUGGGCCACACGUUUCCCACAUCUCCGGAUCCUCGGGACUCAGGUGGUGUAUCCCAGUGAUGAGGGCUUCCAGUGGUACGCUACUUCAGGGAAAGACAUCACCUCCAGCAGCAGCCCAUCAGCGGGCAAAGAGAGCAGUGUGAAGUCACAGGAGAAAGAUAAGGGUGGUUCAGAGUUGAACGUGCAGGGCAGGAGAGCGCCGCUGACCUCGUCCUCCUCAGCCGAGUUGGAUGUGGCUCCCGGCACCCCCAGUGGCUCCAGCAGUCAGUACAAGCCGAGGGUGAUUGAAGUGGAGGGUCUGAUGGAGGAAUAUCUGGCUUUUGAUAGCAGGGACUUGGAAGACGAGUGGGAGCAGGAUAGUUCAGAGUCGGGGGGGAGGCAUCACUCUCUGCCCCCCGUCUCGCCGUACCGGUGUCGCCACCAAGCUGUUCUCGACCUGCUGUUUGAUGACAUGUGGCGGCAGCUGGUUGGCUGGAUGAAAGAGCUCGUUCAACGCCACUGGGAAUGCUGCACCUCAAACGAUGAGAAGAUUUGCGGCAACUUGAGCCCUGUGCAGCAAGACUCCCUGAACCCCUUCCUGCUGCUCUCCACGCUGCCCACGAUGCUGCCCAAGCUUGGUCAGAGCAGGGUGCCCCCACUCACAGCUGGACUGCAGUUCCAGAACACAAAGUCAAGGGGCACAAAGCACAAGUCCAGACGGAAAACCAAAAAGCAGAAAAGACCUUCCGCUGCUGGACGGGUUCCAGUUGGAGCAGUGGCGACCCAGCACAACCUGAACGACCUCAUCGUGAUCCACAGCAUCCCCCUGCAGCAGAGGAACCUGGGUGCGCUGGAUAGAAACCAGGAGGCAGAGGAUCAGGCAUCCCACAGACCAGGCUCCAGCGUGAUCCCCUCCAACAAACCUCGCCCUCGCCGAAACCUGGAGCAGAGCUCUUCCUCGCUGUCCCGCCCGGCGCAGUCAGCUCGGCGCCGAAACCCUCACCCCCGAACUCUCCUGCCGCUGGUCCCCAGCCUGAGUCAGUCCUGCACAGCGGGAUCCAUGGAUGAGGUCAUCCGUGGGACACGUCUAACCACAGCCAGUGACCGGCUGACGUCUCCACUGUUGCCUCUGAGCAGAAACACUCUCCUCCCCCCCAUCAGCACCGGAGACCCAGAUUCAUCUCACUCAGGGCUGCAGUCCAAACCUGCACAGCAUCAGAAAGGCGCAUCCAGCCGCGCACACAGUGCUAUAAAUGAUGAAGCUGGCAGUUCAAUGCCGAGGGAUCGUCACCACCUAUUGGACGUGUUCUCUCGCCCCAACACAACUCACACAUACAGGUCGGACACUCCGUACCGUCGCUCCUUCACAGUGUUGGACAACAUCGGGCAGGGGCGGACAGGCAGAGCCUCAGUGGCCACAGAUUCUCUUGGAAUUGGCGUGACCGGCGUCAGUCUUGGCAUCAGCAGCUCAUCUUUCCUGGACUCGUUUUCCCACCAUCACAUGGGGCACUCGCCCAUCAAAGACGAAGAGGAGCCAGACCCACAAGCCCCUGUCCCAGCGCCACUGGUGCCUUUGUCAGUCCCACCUCGGUCUUACACCCGGGGAGGCAUCUCAUCCAGAGCCAGCAGACCCGGCUUGUAGUUUGCCUCCGACCUCCAGAACCUUCAGCCAUUCAUCUUUAUACAGCACAACACGGAGACACACUUUACAGCAUCUGUGCCCACUAAACAUGUUUUUGUCUCACUAAAGUAGCAUAUUUUUUUUUCAUAGUAUGCUGCUUUGGUGAGGUUUUUGUCAGAGGCCUAUUUUUGUAUUUCACAAAUCAGCUUAUGUGGCUGCCAAACACAAAUGACUCCACAGUAACUCCAUCUUCACCUACAGCACACGAGCUGUACGUGCAGACAUUCGUACAAUGUGAUUGUGUAUAUACAUCUAAAUAUAUGUGAAUGUACUGUAUAUUAUCCUCUGCAGUGUGUUGUUGUACUGGUACGUGACUAUGCAGGGAAUAACACAUCCAUCAGAACAGGGACAGAGGGGAUUAAAAAAAAAAAAAGCACUUUUUCCCUCUCUGAUGCAACAUCAGAGAGUUUGGUACCGUGUCUUUUAUAAGGACAUAAUUUUCAUUCAACUUGUAUUACAAAAAAUAUAUAUAUGGACCCAGAGCCUCUUAUUGCAUAUGGUUGCACACAGGAAAGAACAAAAGAAGAAGCCACCUUGAAAGUUUUUCGGUUUGCCUUUCUCUCAAUUACAGCUCAACUCCAAUCAUAGAGCAGAAGGAAUGUGGUGGAGUGAAAAGCACAGAGAGAAACGUCCCAGCUUCACCUCAAGAUAAUGUAGGAAUACAAGUUACAGCAAACGGUUUGUAAAUAACUAAGAGAAUGUAAUCAUGUCUGUACAAAACACUGUGUGUGAUGUAAAUGUGUCUUAUCUCCUGAUUAAAGCCAAGUGGGGAUGUUUUGUCAGACAACAUCAGGGCUACUGCACAAAUGGUAGUUUUCAUCAUUAUUAGGAUUAUAAUAUAUUCGACAGCCAUGCUACAAAGGUGACAAACGUUUUUCUUCAGUAUGUUUAUCUCCAUUUUGUACAAAAGAAUAAAAGCUCUGUACAAGUUA